AUGUCUUUCUACUUUGAUUCAAGGGAGUGGAUGGAUCAAAGGAUUGAUCAUGAGAGUAAUUCCGUUUCAGAAGUGUUUCUAGGAGGCAUUAUCGCAUUUCUUCAAUUUGCGUGUAGUCAAGCAGAUUACGAGGAAUGGCAAACGUUAUUGUGUCUGUGUGCUCAAUGCAAAAAUGUGAAGCAACGAGAUGCAAAACUUGUCUCAAGACAUCUGUUCUUAUACGUUUUUAAGGGAAAUUAUUAUGUCUGGACGAGUCACGGAGAGAAAUUCUACACUGUUGGUGAGAGUUCAGGAGCGAAUCAUUCAACGGGUGAAAAGAAAAUGUGGGAGAAUCCUACUUGGAAUGCUCAUGAAGAUCACUACCAGGGUAAUCCAGAAGUACCAGCGGACAUUACGCCACCAUACAUACCGGAACCUAUAGCAGAAACGGACGUAGCAGAGCCAUAUCGUGAUAGUGUUUUUGAAGCAUUUGAAGCAGCCAGUCAACCUCUCUACCAAGGGUGUGCAGACGGAAUAACUCGCUUGUCUCUUGCCUCGCGGAUGAUGAAAGUGAAGACGGAUUAUAAUUUGGCGGAAGCUUGUGUAGAUGAGAUAUCUGAAGUAUUUAAAAAAAUGCUUCCGCAGCCGAAUAAUGCUCCAGCAACAUAUUACGAGACAAAGAAACUGACACGAGGGCUUCGGUUGCCCGUACAGAAGAUUGAUGUUUGCGUGAAGAAUUGUAUGCUAUUUUGGAAGGAAUAUGCGAAGUUGGUUAGUUGUAGGUUUUGUGAAGAAGAUCGCUACUAUCCGAACAAUGGAAAAGGAAAAAAUAAGCCAAAGCAAAGAAUGUUUUACAUGCCUAUUGCAGAUCGUCUGAAACGUCUAUACCAACUUGAGGCGACAGCUUCCAAUAUGCGGUGGCAUAAGGAACAUGUAACUUCGGAAGGCGAAAUGCAUCACCCAUCUGAUGCCAUAGCGUGGAAACACUUUAAUGAGGUAUAUCCUGGAUUUGCUGCUGAAAGCCAGAAUGUUUAUCUAUGCUUAUCAACAGAUGGGUUUAAUCCGAUUGGUAUGAAUGGCAAAGCACAUUCCCUUUGA